CAAAUUGUACCUGAAGUUUGCAGUCAGCUGAAGAGCCUUGAUGGAGUCACCUUUGAAGUCUGAUAUGACAGUUCUCCAGAAGAGCAACCGAUUUGGUGGAUACCUGCACUCUACCAUCUUUAUCAUCCUGUUGAUGGUAACCGUAUACUGUACACCCAGUUUUCACUGUCCAGAAAUGGUUGAAUUGGGCUCGUCGGUCAACCUUACCUGUUACAUUGAAGGUAGAUCAAACGCCCACUCCUACGUAACACCCAGUGUAACUACUGCAGCAACGUGUAAUCUGAUAGAUGGAAAGUGCUAUCCGUCUCGUAACUUCAACGCAUCAGUCGUCAACACAUCUUCCAGUAUUCUCACUAUACAUCGGACACUAAAGCCUCAUGGGGGUGAUUGGAAAUGUGUAAAUGAUCCAAAAAAGGAGACUUGUCAUGUGACUGUUUUUAAGAGACCAACGUGUUGCAUUACCAGCGACACAAACACCAGCGACACAAACACCAGCUCACUCAAUGAGGGAGAUGCUGUAACACUGACAGUGAACCUCUCUAACAGCUACUGCUCCGAGUCUUCUCUGGUUGAGUUGACGACGGGUGUCAACACCACUCUCAUCAAGCGUACAUUUACUAAUAUCUCAGAUGAUGUAUUGACCAAACAGUUCAAUGUAACAAGCUCACAUUUCGGGGUGGUCAGUCUCAUCUACACCUGUAGUAGUAGCAGUUGGAACGUGUCCUGUGAGGGAAUUCGCCAGCUGGUCGAAGGUGCUCUGACUGACAUCAAGACAUCAACCACACAGUCCACAGUUCCUCCUACGUCAGAUGGACCGGACACAGAAGUAUUUCCAGUUUGGAUCCUAAUUACUGUCGCUGUAAUCGCUGUAAUCGCUGUAAUCCUUGUAAUCGUUGUAAUCGUUGUAAUCGUUGUACGUUGGAAAAAGAAAAGGCCCGCUAUCAUCCAAACCGACCAGGAAGGUACUAGUGAUGUCAUGUUGAAGGACCGUGAUACCUAAGACGUGGCGAACACACCUCUUCUGUUACGGGGGCGGUCGGGUAGUCUAGUGGUUAAAGUGUUCGCUCGUCACGCCGAAGACACGGGUAUGAUUUCCGGUAUGGGUACAAUGUGUGAAGCCCAUUUCUGGUGAAGCCAAUUCUGUAACAGGUGUGCGUCCCGAUCUUUAAUCGAUAAUGUCCCUUGACAUCGUUGUUGUCCUAAACUUUGGAUCAUUGGUUUGCUGGCACCACACACAGUGCCUCUAUACAUUAAUGUAGAUGAAACUCAAGGAAUAAGUGACAUGUCCCGAGGCAAGGUACAAGAGUUAUGCCUCUCGAAAAUUUAUUUUUCUUCGUCGAAUGAAUGUUUUCAUCAGUUACUAUCCAAAGUAUGUUAAUAUUAAUUUCUGAGUUACAAGUAUUCUGUUGAAAGGUAUGAGCGUUCAUAGGCAAUUCGAUGAAUGGGUUUUGUGUCAUUGAAGGCUGUUUGUUAGCAAUAAUGCUGCGCGCUUUUCACAUUUUGACGUACGCGUGUAGUAUUCACUCCAUUAAAAUGCAUGACCACUGGACUAGCAUGGUUGGGUCGAAAUAGAUUAUAUUAUAUUAUAUUGCUUGUUAUUUUUUUCAUAUUUCCUUAUCAAAUUGGAUCAAAACACCCAAGACAAUAUGUGCUGCAUAGGUUUUCAUAUUGUUAUUUUAUAUGAUUACACAUCACAGCAGUUUUUUCUUAUAUUUUUCUUUUUGUUCUUUUACCUGCUUUGCAAGACACGUAGGGCGAACUUGAACUCUGGAUGCAUAGACGUCACAAUAAAUCUGUUGAGUAGU